UGUAGUUGUCUCCUCAUCAUGUCAGACUGCAGUAGAACUGUGGAGGAAGUGAAGUCCAUCAUUCUGUCCAGCAAAGGCUUCGAUUCGCAGCAGACGGCAAAGUUCUACGACAGCUGGGCACAGACGUACGAACAGGAUGUGAAGAUCAUUAACUACAGAGCAUCAGACCUGGGGGUAGAUUUCCUGAAUUCCCACUUCUCUGGGAAUCGUGAAGAGGUUCAGGUUCUGGACGUUGCUUGUGGAUCUGGGAUGGUCUCUAAACUGAUGGUUGAACUGGGCUUCAGGCACUUUGUGGGAGUGGACGGCAGUAAAGGCAUGCUGGAACAAGCUGCUAAGACCGGCCUCUAUCAGGACCUCAGACUGGCCUUACUGGGAACAGAACCACUGCCUGCACAGACUGAUACAUUUGAUGUGGUGAUCAUCGUUGGCGCACUGGAUGCUGGUUUUGCCCCGGUCGGUGUUGUCAGGGAGCUCUGCCACGCCGCCAAACCAGGAGGUUUGGUCUGCAUGGCGAGAGGUGAACACACAGGAACACCAGCAAACCAAUACAAGAAGGAUCUGGAGAGAGAGCUGCAGCUGAUGGAGGAGGAGGGACUGUGGAGUCCAGUAGGAAUCAAACAGACAGACAGAUACAUGGAGGACCCACAUCUGAGUGCAGAGAGAGCCAAAGACAUGCAGGAGGAGCGAUACAUCAGCGGGACGGUUUAUCUGUACAAGAAAUCCAUCCAUUAAGAUCAAUUAUUAAUCAUAUUCAGUACAUAACAGAAGAGAAAAUCCUAAAUAUUCAGUUACAAAUCAAGUCUGUCAUACAUUCUGUAAAUUCAUUGUGUGUGUAAACGUCAGCGGGAGAGAGAACAGACCUUUACUUUUUAAUUCUUCCUCCAUGUUUUACCUGGUUUGCUGCUCAAAGCUUCUCCAAUAUGAUCAUUUGCUGCUUUUCUUUGGCACUGAUCUGAUUGUAAGCUGAAUAUUUUGGGGAUCUUGAACUGUCAAAUAAAACAAGUGAUUUGAAUAAGUCAUUUAAAAAUGUAUUUUAUUGAUUUCUUUGACUGGGAUGAUACAUAUAGAUUAGGCACUGUAACAUUUUAAUAAACAAACCCAUGCCCACGAGA